AUCCGGUUUGACGGGCGUCAAGAGUUCGUGGAGGAUAGUGUGUCGUUUUCUGAUUUCUGUUUGCUGAAAUUCUCUUCCCGUCCAGCCUGGGAGGCCGGCAGGCAGCAGAAUGGAUUGUCCUUUGAACCGGGGCCAGCGAGAACAGGUGGCCACAGAGACAAGUGAGCAGCAGCGAGCUCAUAAUUCUGCCCAACGCCUUGGGUAAAAGAGACUUCCCUCUCCCUGCUCUGGGACACGGGGUAUAGAAGGGGACGCGACGGAAGACCCUCUCCGACGGAGGACAUUGGCGUCUGCUGCUCGGUGGCCUUGCCCAGGGGUGGCAAAGAGGGCCACACGGAGGGCUCAGGACAUCCCUGCUCUCGGCCUCUUGGAAUUGAUCUGAAAUCUCUGGAAAGGGAAAAGGUCAGUUUGGGAGAUCUCUACAGGACCCCACCCCCCGUUGGUGCAGGAGAGUCAUCCAGAGGAUGGAGAAGGAUGGAGAAACCAGCAGUGUGCAGGAUAGCGGGGGAGGGGGAGAACAUGUACUCCCAGAAGGUCCAGCCCAGGAGAAAGAGAAGCCAACCGACCAGGGCCAAGCUGAGAAAGCAGAAGACAGCCCAGGUGAGUCCCAGGAAGUGAAGGACCACCCAGGUGACCCCAAGGAUGAUCCACAGACGCCUCUGCACAUCCAACACAGCUUCAGCUGCCCAGCAAAGGUGAACAGCUUAGGAGAUAUUCCAGAAGAGACCCCGGCUGACCCCAGCGCACAGAGUCCUGGAGAGCCCGCGGCUGCUUCUCCGUCUGUCCAGGAGCCCGCGCCCGGAGAGACCCCCACACCAGAGAAGGAAGAGGAGGGGUCCCCUGACCAGAUCCCGGGGCCGGCAGCAGAAGCCCCCAGCCCCGCCACUCAAGAGAGUGACAGGACUUUGGCGGAAAAGCCCCUCUGCCCUGCUCCUGAGGCCGCAGGGGUCUCUCCAUCCCCCGGAAGCGGAGAGACCGCCAGCUCUGCGGAACCGGGCUCCAGCCCCUACCUCACUCCAGACUUUGGCAAGGAAGACCCCUCUCUGAUCUUGGAUGACACUCCCCCACCCCCUGCGCCUUUCACCCAUCGCAUUGUCACGCUGAGGACCGGAGACUUCAAAGAUACUUACAAACUGAACACAAAGGAAGUCCUGGGAGGGGGAAAGUUUGGAGAAGUCCGCACGUGCACGGUGAAGGACACGGACCUCAAACUGGCUGUGAAGAUCAUUAAGAAGCAGGGCCCCAAAGACCGGGAAACGGCCGAGGUUGAAAUCGAUGUGAUGAACCAGCUCAACCACCGAAACUUGAUCCAGCUUUACGACGCUGUGGAGACGCCCCGGGAGAUCAUGCUCUUCAUGGAAUUCGUGGAAGGGGGCGAACUCUUUGAACGGAUCAUUGAUGAGGAUUACCAACUGACCGAGGUGGACUGCAUGGUGUUUGUGCGGCAGAUCUGCGAAGGAAUCCUUUUCAUGCAUCAGAUGAGGGUGCUGCACUUGGACCUUAAGCCCGACAACAUCCUGUGUGUGACGGCCACUGGCCACAUGGUGAAGAUCAUUGAUUUUGGAUUUGCUCGAAGGUUCAACCCCCGUGAAAAACUAAAAGUCAACUUCGGCACGCCGGAAUUCCUGCCGCCGGAGGUGGUCAGCUACGAGCCGGUCUCCUACAGCAGCGACAUGUGGAGCAUGGGGGUGAUCGCAUACAUGCUGCUGAGCGGUCUCUCCCCUUUCAUGGGAGACAACGACCCGGAAACCCUCAACAACGUCUUGAAGUCGGAGUGGUAUUUCGACGAGGAAGCCUUUGAGGGCAUCUCAGACGAAGCCAAAGAUUUUGUCUCCAACCUGAUCAUCAAGCAAAAAGGCGGGAGGAUGAGCGCAGCCCAGUGCCUCCAGCACCCCUGGCUGAACAACCUGGCCGAGAAAGCAAAGCGGGUCAACCGACGGCUCAAAUCUCAGGUUCUGCUCCGGAGAUACGUCAUGAGACGUCGCUGGAAGAAAAACUUCAUCGGCGUCUGUGCUGCCAACCGGUUCAAGAAAAUCACCAGCUCCGGAUCCCUGACUGCGCUGGGGGUUUGACCUGGAGGGGGGAGGCCGGACCUGGAACGAGAGAGGAACAAGGGGAGACCCCCCCCCUCCCGAAGCUUGGACAGUGUUGCGUUUGUUGUGCCCUCCCAUCUAGGGAUUGCGUAGUGGGGAGUAACGGGACCCUUCGGGGGGUGGCUGGACAGCGGGGCCUUGCGGUGCAGAGAUGCUGCCCCCCCUCCUGCCUCCGUCUACCUGGGCAGGUGAGCCCCAUCCCCUCUCUCAGCUGACUGGAGCCUCGCCACCCCGAGGGCCGUUGUGAAGGAUUUGCCUGCUGAGGACGACGUUCCCCCGGGGGGUCUGUUUCUCCUGCGCCAUCCAUGCGCCCCUUGGCUGCUUGAAGGACCCUUCUCCACCCCCUUAGGGAGCUGGGGGCCCUGCAUGGGACAUGGAGGAAGCGGGUCCUGGCCUCCCCACCGUUGGGCGUCUGUACCCCAAGAAGCAGCUUUUGAAAUCUGGACUCUCGGAUCCCCACAGAGGGCAGCUGAGCCUUCCACGUUUUUUUUGC